AUCUUUUGUCCUCACCACUAUCUGACACACUGCUCCCCUCUAUAUGGCGUAAACUCGAUAGCUGAUAGUGCAAGCAAAGCAAGCACCCCACUUUUUUUUUUUUUUUUGGUCUUUAAUCUGAAUCUCCCUCUCCUAAAACUCAACUGUGCCUUCCUCUUUGUCUGUUAAAAUCUGCUUUUUCCACCCCUCUCCUUUUUUGUCCUCCCACACCUCCUCUAUAAGCAGCUCCUGUUUAGUGCUUCACUAGCAAAACCCACCUUCAAAACUCUCUUCUCUCUCUCUCUCUCUCCUUCAAUUCCCCCGGCCUUAUAUUACUCUAAUUCUACUCUCUUUCUGUGUGAUUCCCCUUCUAAACCAAAUCAUCUUUUUUUUUUCCUUCUAACCAACCAUGUCUGCAAUACAAGGUCUUUUGAUGUUUUCAAAUCCUCUUCAUGUCAGUUUGUUGUUCUACUUCUUCGUCUCCAAUUGACUCUUUUUAGCUGGCGGAAAUUUGAGAUAAACAAAGCUACAAGGUUUGUUUCUAGCUGUCUUCAUUCACUAUCAUCUCGCUGAGAGAUAGACACUGUUAGUGUGUCUGUCGACCCUUUCUGUCUGUCUCUCUCUCUACCUAUCUCACUUUCUCUCUCCUUUUCAAGAGAUAGAAAUUAGAAAAUACCCAGAGUGGGAAAGUGUCUUGUUUGCUCAAAAAGUUGUCUUCUCAUGACCAUGUCCUGUGUGCCCUACUUCUGAGUAUGUGCUUUGUUACUUUCUCUUCUUAAUUCACCUGAAGAUAAUGAGGUCCGUUGCUCCAACACCAUUAAUUCUCCUAUCAUGCAAAUUAACAAACUAUUAACCACACCUCCACCUCACUCCUUUUUCUCAACUUAGAUUUUGUUGCUACUCAUCACAAUAACUCUCUUUUGCUCCUUUUCAUUCCUUUUCCCGAGUGAAAAACCAAAGCGUUUUCAUGUGUUCUUACCUUGCUUCGGGCGAGAACUCCUACCCCCAGGAUUUGAAGGCUUGGUGAGACUUAGAAAGAAUUGCAAUAAUUUGGGCACCUAUCCUAUCCCAUAUAAUAGAAAAAGGAGAUCGAACAAGCUAGGAAUGGAACUUUCUAGUCAAGAAGGAGAAAUCCCAAUCCCGAUAAACAGCACUACUUCAACUUAUGGCGGGGGACAUGGUAAUGGACAUGGGCAUGGACAUGGGCUCAUGAUUCAUCAUGACCCUCCACACCAUAACCACAUUCUAUCAUCCUCAGCAGUAGCACCUCCAAAUGGCACCUCCACAAUGCAAGAGGAACAUGGAGGGUACAAGAAAGUGGUGAGGUACAGAGAAUGCCUGAAGAACCAUGCAGCUGCAAUGGGAGGGAAUGCGACAGAUGGGUGUGGAGAGUUCAUGCCAAGUGGAGAAGAAGGCACCAUAGAGGCACUCAACUGUUCUGCUUGCCAUUGCCACAGAAACUUCCACAGAAAAGAAGUAGAAGGUGAACCCUCUCCAUGUGACUACCACAUCCACAGGCAACUGGGAAGGAAAUUCAUCUUAGGACCUCACAAGAACAUGCUUCCACCAGAGGCUCUUGGCUACGCUACAGGUAACAUCCUACCUUCUAGAAGUGUACCACCUCACCAGAUGAUAAUGCCCUACAACAUAGGACCCCUCCCUUCAGAAUCUGAUGAGCAAGAAGAGGGUGGCGGUGGAAUAGUGCAGGCUAGACCCACUCAACUCGUGAAGAAAAGGUUCAGGACAAAGUUCACUCAAGACCAAAAGGACAAAAUGCUCAACUUUGCUGAGAAGGUGGGUUGGAAAAUCCAGAAGCAAGAGGAGUCUGUGGUGCAACAGUUCUGCCAAGAGAUUGGGGUUAAAAGAAGAGUGCUCAAGGUUUGGAUGCAUAACAAUAAGCACAAUCUCGCCAAGAAGAAUCCCCCAAAUGCACCUUAAUUAACUGUUUAGCUUAAAUCUCACACCCUCUACGUAUAAUUAUUGUUAGCCGUACGUAAGUGUUUGUUUGUUUGUUUGUUCACUUUCUUCAACUCCUCUAUAUUAUCUCUCUAAUCAUUUUCCUCCUCUUAGAGUCAAUCUGUUUGAGUUCUUUUCACCUAAAAAUAAACCCAUCUUGUUACCAUAUAUACAUUUAUAUCUUGUGCUUUAGUUUAGGACAUUGCAUUUGCAUUGCGUCAACUUAUUUUCUUGUUUAAUUCUGAGUGGUGUUUAUGGUUUAGUUCUCUCCUCAAGCUACCCAUCAAGCGAGGACAUGGAAUCUAUGCAAUGAAUAGAGUCUGAGGUACGAUAUGUAUUAAUAGAAUUACAUAGGGCUUUUGUAUGCUGUUU